GCCGGGUUAUAAGCUAGUUGAUAAUAUUGUUAAAGCUUGUAUAAAGCUUGUAUAAGUUUCGAGCGGAACUAUCUCGUUUAAAAGCACGAUAGCUUCCCCUCAUGCUACGCCGAUAAUGGAACGCCCUCCAAACAUACUUGAGGCUCAUUCCAGAAUUUGGAACAUGAAUUAAAUUAUAAGGUGAGUAAGGGAAUUAAUUCAAAACCGUGUAUUUGGAGAUGAAAUGGAGAUGUGAGUGGAAGCAGGAGAUGGAAUUGACGGUGGGGGAAGGCGACGGAGAAGAAGAGGUUAUGUUAGUUGAAUUAUUUUGUUAAAAUAAAAUAUUUUUAUAACAAAAAUGAAAAGGAUAAAUAUGUAAUUUUAAUUUUAAUUAAAAACGAUUAUAGUAAAAGUUAGAACGACAAUUAGCAAUUUCAAAAACAUUACCCCUAAAAGGACACUCAUCAAAACGACAACGGCGCUGGCAGGUGAUCUCAUUUGGAGGUGAAAGGUAAAAAAAAAAAAACAUUUCCCCUUCUUCUCUGUGUCUCGUCUCGUCACCGGUGGGUAUAUAAAAAGUCAAACAACCGCCUUAAAAUAGCAAUACUUGUCUUCAAAAAGUUUGAAGCUUCCACAGCAUUUCUAGAGAGAGAAGGCACCAACUUCUACCACAGCUUGAGGGAGGCGUAGAGAGAGAAAGCGAGGAGCUGUUUUACUGAGAAGAGAGAGAGCGAGGAGGAACGAUGGCGUCCUUCGACGGAUACGGAAUCGACGGCGAAGCAGCGGUCCACGCUUCGAAUCACGGAUCCUUCCACGAUGAUGACGACCAGGAGAGCUACUCCAACUUCGGAUCCUACUCUAACUUCACCAGCGGCACGCCGGAGUUCUCCACCGGGGAUAUCCCUGUGGAUCAGCCCGCCGCAUCCUCCCCCGAUGCCUUCGGAUUUGGAUCUUCUUCAGCUGACAUGGAUCCGAACUCUGGCUACUCCCAGAGCCCCUUCGGCUCGAUCCCCGCCGAGAACGGCAACGGCAAUGGCUAUGGCGAGGCUGAUGAAGGCAUCUUCAGUUCCGAUGGCCCCGUGCUGCCUCCUCCGACUGAGAUGAUGGAGGAAGGUGCAGCUCUUCGCGAAUGGCGGCGUCAAAACGCUAUCUACCUCGAGGAGAAGGAGAAGAAAGAGAAGGAAAUGAGGCAGCAGGUCAUCGAAGAAGGCGAGGAGUACAUUCGUGCUUUCUACGAGAAGCGAGCUCUCAACAUUGAGACGAACAAGACAACCAACAGAGAAAGGGAAAAGAUUUCCUUGGCCAGCCAGGAGAAAUUCCACAAGGAAGCCGACAAGCAGUACUGGAAAGCAAUAGCUGAGAUCAUUCCUCGCGAGGUUCCUAAUAUCGAGAAGAAGAGAGGCAAGAAGGAUCAGGACAAGAAGCCUUCCAUAACAGUGAUGCAAGGACCAAAGCCCGGUAAGCCAACAGAUCUCGCCAGGAUGCGGCAGAUACUCCUGAAGCUGAAGCACACUCCACCCCCACACAUGAUUCCUCCUCCACCACCACCUGCUGCUGCUCCGGCCAAAGAUGGGAAGAAGACCGCCGACGCCAAAGAUGCAGCCAAGACCGGGAAAGAACCAGCUGCCACCACCACCACCAAGGACGUGACUGCUAAUGGCACGGCUGAUCAUCAACCAGAGGCUCCUGCCGCCACCGUCGGUGAGGAGACUGCCCAGCCUGCUGCCGAACAGGAAUCCACGCCCCCGAGCUCCUAGGUUCUAAACAUUCCCUUUCUCUCAUGGUUCAUUUGAUUCCAAUACUUCUUUUUUUGUGUAUGAUCUUUUAUAAUUCAGUUUUCCAUUUGGGGUCUUUGUGAUUCGAGGACCUUGUACCUGGAUCUGUUCGCAUGGAUCGAGCUCUGACCGUUCAAGGUUUCCUCCCAUGUUUCUUUUUCUUCGUUCCCGCUCUCACUCUUUUUUGGAUUCUCAUGUUGUAUGAACGUUUCUUCUUCUUCUUCUUCUUGCUUGUUUUAUUAUUAGUUUGAAUGAAUAGAUAGACCUACCAUAUUCUUUGUCCUAUGUUUGCCGGGGUGCCUGGAGACAUUCACGUUAUGAUUGAAUUGUUUUAUCUGCAGUGACCUUAAGUUUCGAGGGGCUAGACACAUUUCCAUGUAUAUUUUGGGGUGAAAUAGCAAAUAGGUACAUUUGAAAUGGAUGGAUUACAAGAAUGAAUAGGUUAUUUGAAA